CUCACAUCUGUAAUCCCAGUACUCUGGGAAACCAAGGUGGAAAAAUCACUUAAGCCCAGGGAUUUAAGACCAACCUAGGCAACAUAGCGAGAAUCCAUCUCUACAGAAAAAUUUAAAAAGUAGUCAGGAGCGGUAGUGCAUGCCUGUAGUCUCAACUACUCAGGAUCCUAAGGUAGGAGGAUCACUCAAACCCAGGAGCUCAAGGUUGCAUGAGCUAUAAUCAUGCCAUUUUAUUUCAGCUCGGCCAACAGAGAGAGACCAUGUCUCCAGGAAAGAAAAAGAAUAAAAACCUCAAAAUUGCAAAAGGACAGGCUUUUUUUGCAGAUGCUGCUACUACUCAGGGCCCCCUGCCACCAGCCAUGAUGGACAUCACCAAUAAUGGUGAGCCCUUGGGUUGUGUCUCCUUCGAGUUGUUUGCAGACAAAGUUCCCAAAAUAGCAGAAAACUGCACUCUGAGCAUUAGAGAGAAAAUAUUUGGUUAUAAGGAGUCCUGCUUUCACCGAAUUAUUCCAGUGUUUCUGUGUCAGGAUGGUGACUUCAGAGGCCAUAAUGGCACUAGUAGCAAAUCCAUUCAUGGAGAGAAAUUUGAUGAUGAAAACUUCAUCCUGAAGCACCCAGGUCCUGCAUCUUUCCAUGGCAAAUGCUGGACCCACCACAAACUGUUUCUAGUUUUUCAUCUGCACGGCCAAAACUGAGUGGUUAGAUGGCAAUCAUGGUCUUUGGCAAGGUGAAAGAAGGCAUGAAU